AUGUUGAACCCGAAUCUCGAGUCGGAACAAGUGAUUGAUCAAUUUCUCACGACCAAGCACGGAAAAACUCGAUACAUUUUGAAUGGCACUAAUCUCUCAGCACCUACCGAUCAUUUGAUUGUUUUUGUUUGUGGAAUAUCUUCUCACUCCUAUUCUUUUCAUUUUCUUGUGAAAGCGCUCAUGAAACAAUACGAGUCGUUACGAUCAUCACAACAAAAUAUUAAAUAUUUACGAUAUGAUAAAUAUGGAAGAGGAAAAUCAUCCAAUCCAUUGGAUAUUCUUCAUGAUGGUGAUUUGUUUGUGGAGCAAUUGUAUGAAUUGAUUGAUGGAGUUGAAUUGAAACCAAGACGUGUUGAACAACAAAAUAAUUCAUCAAUAACAUUAAAACCAAGAAUAACAAUCAUUGGAUUCAGUAUGGGAGGAGCUAUUGCAACUCUUUUUGCUUCCAAACAUUCCGAUUUAGUGGACGACUUGAUUUUGUUUUCUCCUGCAGGAGCUAAAUGGAAAUUGCCUUUUGGAAGCUCACUAGUGAAAGUUUCAUGGUUAGGGAGUGUAGUUUACGGAGCAAUUCAUAAUGCGUCAACGACAGAACAAAAAAUUAGUACCGGUCUUUUUAAUCUAAAUGACGAAUUAGUGAAAGAGAGAGUGAAAUUUGCUGUUGAAAUGAAAGAAAAAGAGGACGAAUCAAGUUCACAAAUUAGUAGUUUUGUCAACUCCUUCACUAACUUCCCACUAACUGCUAUUGAGGACAAAAUUCAACAUGUUGGUACCAAAUCUCACAUGAAAAUUAUGGUGAUUUGGGCUCUGUUUGAUGUCACAGUACCUGGCGAUGAAUGCCUUUCUACAUAUUUUACUUUACUUGGAGAGCAUCCAAAAUCAAGAUUUGCAAUUAUGAACAAUACAAGACACAUGUUUUAUAUGGAGAGAGAGGAAGAUACUGCAAAAUUAAUCUACAACUUUUUGAAUGAUUCAAAUGACGACGGGGAUGUUUUCGAACGUUCCUCACGAGCUUUACAAAACAUUCAACAACAAUCAGCAAAUGAAAAACUGAUGACAAGUAGUGACAAGAUCAAGCUGACUUAUUUCACAGAGCAUCCAGUUUUUAAAAAGUUUAUCAUCUAG